AUGGUGAAAAACGAUAAAGUGAGUAUCGCAUAGAUUACACCAUUUUAAACAUGCCAGCACGGUAAACGUUUUCUAUUUCAACGGAUUUUCAGUCAUACAAAAAAAGAAUGAGAAAAUUUUUACAGAAUCUACAACCAUCCAAUGGGGGCAAAGAAAACUUGAUAGGUGCUGGUAGAAAUCUGCAGGACAAUAUGGAGUAGGUGUACUGUAAGUUUAAUUAUUUUUAUGUUCCUGUGUUUACAUAUUCUUCUUUUGUUAUGCUGCACAUCAUAAUAUCGAAACCAGCAAUGUAAAACCAGUGCAAAUUAAUGAAGUAGAAGUAAAACCCAAAGAAAAGACACACAAUUCGUCUCCAGCUAAAGGCAAAUCAUCAUUGUACAGAAAAUUAAUACUUGAAGAUCUCACCUCUACAGGCAAGUGCAUAUGGUUGUUUUAAAAUAUAAAAUAAUAGUCGAAUCCUAUUUUUACCAUAUAUUUUUAUUUUUCAUUAAAGCUGGUCCAAGUGAAAAAACUUGGGAAGUGAUUGCUGAACAUCGUAGAAAAGCUUUAGCAAAAGCAAUUGAAGAAAAUCAACAAUUAUUUGCUCUUGUUAUUGAUUUAAAAGAAGAGAAUACAUGUUGCAAUACAUUGCUUGAAAAUUCUACUGAUCUUGUAAAGACACUAACGGUAAGGUUUAAUUAUAAUUAACUUUAUUUAUUUAUAAUUAUUAAGGUAGAAACCUAGUAGAUGAUCAAAAUAUUUGGCCCAUGUAUAUAAAUGGAUAAAAAUAGCAGAGUGAUCUAUAAAUUUGUUUUAUACAUAAACAUGACAUUUUUAUACUGCUAUUUUUUCUAUAUUCCUAGUAUUUUAAAUUUUUAGUGCUUUUUUCAAAUUUUAUUAUUAUAUAAAGUGAGUGUAAAAAAUAUUUGAACACCUUACAUUUUUCUCCAUGAUAUUAUAUUUUUCUCGAUAAAUUAAUACAUGCAUAUUAUUCUUUUACAAUUUUUAGUUAUAUUUUUAAAAAAAAACCAUACCAACAGUUCUAUUAAUAAUAAUAAUAUUAAAUAACAAAAAAAAAAAAAAAAAAAUGAAUAUAAAAUAGUAAUAAUAGAUAAAUAUUCGUACACUUCUAUUUUAGUUAUGGAAUAGUCUGUUUACUCAAAAUAAUGUUAUUAGAAAAUGAUAAGAUAAAUAAAAUGACACUAAAAGAUUAUUCGAAUUCAGUUUACUUCAAAAUAUCGUUGGAUACCAUCUAUCACAAGAUGAGUCUAAAAAAAGAGUGAGAUGAAUAAAACUGAAUGUUAACUUAUAUUGUGAUUGCAUAAUCAGUGUAAAUUAUUAUGUCAAAUAUAAAAAAUUGUCAACAGAGUAUAUAGCACUGAAAUAACUAGAUCCAUACAGUGAGCGGAAAAGCCAAGAAAAUAAGUAACCUAGUAGCCCAAAAAAACUUUCUGACCAUGAUAAACAUAUAGUUAUACAAAAAGUUAAGCUAAAUCCAAAAAUCCUAAAAUAGCACAAGGUAUUCCAAAUUUUUCUGGAGUAUGUGUCUGUGUAAAUACAAUGAGAAACUAUUUAAAAAAUAAUGAUUACCAUGGACAAAUAUAAAUUGAUUAUCAUGGUUGGAUUGUAAAGAAAAAAAAUGACAAAAAAGAUUUGCUUUUACAAGUAACAACUUAUAUCCUUGUUAACUUUUCUAACAAAGUUAUGUUUACAGAUGAAAGUAAAUUUAAUAUUUUUAGUUCAGAUGGAAGAAAAGUGAGUAUAGAAAUGAAACCAACAAAUUUACAGCUUACAGUAAUAUACGAAAGAGGUUCUGUAAUGGUUUGGGAAUGUAAGAGUUCUCAGAGUGUUGAAAACUUGCAUUUUAUUGAUGGAAUUAUGAACCAAGAUAUUUAUUUAAAUAUUUUAAAGAUAAAUCUUAAAGCCAGUGCUGAAAAAAUGGGCAUCAAAGAUGAUUUUAUAUUCUCAGAGGAAAAUGAUCCCUAGCAUACUGCAAAGAAAGUCAAGGCUUGGUUGUCUAAAAAUGUAACUGAAUAUCUCAUUACACCACCACAGUCUUCAGACAUUAAUCCUAUUGAAAAUUUGUGGAAUCAUUUGGAUAAAAAAAAAUUGAGAUCACAAUAUUUUAAGCGAGGAAACUCUAACAAAAAGAAGAAGAUUGGAAUAAAAUCACAGCAGAAACAACACAUCACCUGGUUGAUUCAAUGUCUAAAAGUUUGGAGGCUAUAAUCCAAAGACUACCCUACAAAGUAUUAAAUAGGGCUAUACAAUGGGUUAAAGGCUUUUCUUUUGAUGCUUAUGGUACUAUAAAAUGCAAAUCUUGCUAUUAAAUAAGGAAUAGGUGUUUAAUUUUAAUAAUUUAAAAUUUAAUUGAAUUUAUAAAUAUUGUACAAUUAAUGUUGUCUAGCUUUAAAGUUAUUGAAAAUGUCACAAGAAGUUUUUAAUGGAUUUUAAGGUGGGAAUAAUGUAUGAUUAAUUUAUAAACAAGUUUUAAAAAAAAUCUAUGUUCCUAAAAUGGCCAAAUGACUAUGUAUGUCAACUAUCAAAUUGAAUACAAUAUAAAUGUCUAAUUUGUACCACACAUUAGGUACACUUAUGGUAAUUUUAUAUACAUUGAUAUUUAAUUUGUUCUGGUUGAUUGUAACACAGAAUAGAUAAUAGUAUAAUAUAGUUUAAUAUUGGUAACUAUAUAUUUUGUACAUACACCCCUUUUGUUUUCAAACAUGCCAUAUUCUUUUAUUUAUUCUUAAACAUUGAUAAAACAUUUAUUGUACCACACUAAACAACAAAGACUUCCCUAUUAUAAAUAACUCCACUUUACAUACAAAUAAAUAUAUAAAUGAUCAUAAUUGCCAUGGCAAUUAAAAAAUUAUAAAUUAAUUUUGAAUAAAGAUUUCUUAUUUCAUAAUGAUACAUUAUUUAAUAAAUUUAAAGUGUUAACAAUCAAAAGACUUUUCUAUAAAACUGAAAUAGUAUUCAUACUCAAAAAUAACUUAACAGAAACUUUUUAACACACAAUAAAUACUAGAUAUAAAAUCAUCAAUAUUAUCAGUCCUAGAACAAUUAAAACUGCCACACAAUUACCAUUCUUAUAAGUAGGGUCAUAUAUUUUAAAUUUGCUGCCCACAGAUUUUCCAAAUGACACAUUACAAAAUUUUAAAAUAUGCUUAAAUAAUUGGUUAAUGGAACAAAUUGUGAAUUUAAUGAAAAUAUUUUCUUAAUUUGUAGUUUCAAGUAUAUUUAGAUUUAAUAUUAACUCAUAUCUUAUUGAAGAAGAACCAAUAUACAUUAUAAGUUAUAAUCUAUGUUUUAAAAUUGUCAUCAUUUAUUUAAUAUAAAUGUAAUUCAGAUAAACGCUAAGUUUUCGCACCCCCUCCCCCCCCUAUACAAGCAUGUUCAGUGAGGUUCAUUAUUCUUUUUUGAAAUAAACAUAAAAUAAAAAUAAAUAUUUACAUUGUACUGUAGUUAAUAAACCAAUUAAAUAAUAUUUUGAAUUGUUUUCUUACAAAGGGAAUGAUAAAUGAAAAUGAUUUUCAAAGUAAUGAUACCUCAUCUGAUGAUAUUGAAGACAGCAAUUUGAGCACACCUGGCAGUUCUGAUGAAAAACAUGUACACAAAAGAAUAAAACUAUCAAAAUCUACUAAUGAAUGUCCAGAUAGCAAUUAA